AUGAAUUGUUUAAUAUUUUGUCUACUUUGUGAAUUUAAAUGUACAUGGAGAAAUCAAUUUGACAUAUCUCAUCAAACAGCUGCACUCAAACUUUUAACUACAAUUUGUCAAGAAACCAAUACUAGAAAAGAGACAAUUAUAAUAUUUCUUAAAACCUUAUUAAACGACAAUGACCAAACUGACACAAUAGUGAGCUCCAGAGUUUUAUUUAGCAGACGAUUCCAAAAUUUUAUCCAAGAAAAUAUAAUUUAUUGGAGGAAUAAUCCUAUAUUAAAACAACCGGGUCCGGUAUUGUUGAGUACAUUCUUUCGUUUAUCAUUUUUAUUACGUGAACUGUUGAGGGAAGAACUAGUAAAUGUUAAUGACUUAAGAAUACACCCAAAUAUUUUUUAUUUGAAAAACUACAAUUUUUUUGGAAUCGAACGAAUAGGAGGCACAUUUUCGUACUUGAAAAAUAAAUAUAAUGAAAUUAUCAAAUCGAAGCUGGGACCUCCGUUUGACAGUCGAAAUGAUGAUGAUAACAAUACCGAGGAUGCAAUUAUAGAGAUCGAUUCGCCGGCAGAUAUAAUUACUGUUUUAAGAAGACUCAUUACAGAAGACAGAAAUGCAAACACCCAUAUCGCUGGUGCUGUCAAUAGAACAUUGUCAUUCGAUCAUUUACCUACUGACAAAAUACACAUAUUUUCUGUGCUACUAAAUAGUAUAAUAUGUUUAUAUCAUGUAGCUUGUCAUAGACAACUAAUUGAAUAUGUAGCUUUCAAAGAAAGAUUAGUCGAACUAUCAAUAGAUUAUGCUAUAGUAGAUUAUGAACUAAAAAUUUCCAAUGAAAACAGAGAUGUUUUAGAGCAUACCCUUAAGGACAUUGAAAAAAAAGUAUGUUUAUCAACGAGACAUAUAGCCUGGCUGAAGAGUUUGAUAUUUGUAACCGCAAAUGAACAAAUUUUAGAAUGGAUUCUCACCAUCAUUUCUCACACACUAAAAUAUUGUUCAGACAUAGAAAAAGAAUUGUUCGGAUUUGUCCCGGGCUAUUAUAUAGAUAAUCUAUUAGGGUUAGCUGUUCUAUUACCCGAUUAUACAAACAUAACCCAGAAGUUUGAUGAUAUCAUAGUUGGUAAAAAAUGGUUAGCUAAGUUAAUUGCUGAAUUACUACUAAACUUUUUCAAUGACCAUAGAAUAAUUCAUCCAAAAACAAAAGAAAUAAUAAUACAAGGAGUAACUUUAUACUUAACCCAUCCCAAAUCAGUUGUCAUUCUUCAAGAAGUUGCAGAAAAAUCACGAUUGCGUGCAAUCAAAUCAAUUUUUAAACCGAUGGAACGAAAAAUAUGGAUAAAAACCAAUUUAUUAUUGAUGUUAAUUUGGUAUGGUUCUGGAUUUGCAUUCCGUUAUGUACAACCACCUCAUCUAAAAAAUAAACACAUUUCUACGCAAGGAGCACUCGAAGAAAUUGUGUUUUCUAACAUGGGAACUGUACGACUACCUGCGAUUGUGCUUCAAAAUGACAUACGGACAGUCAUAGCUUACGACAGAGAAACAGCGUCUAAUUUUAUCAAUAACUCUUUGAAUUAUCUAAACUGGGCUUUUUCUGAGUUUAUAAGUUUAUUUCAAGAAGUAAAAUAUAUAAAUGAAAACAAUUCUUUUAUUAUUUCGCCGGAAGAAGCGAAUAAGCUAAAAAUGUGUGGUAAAAGUUUUAUUUACACUGUAACUUUAUUACGUGUUAUUGAAAUGAUGAUUCAUUUUGAUCGUAAUAUUAUAAUUGAUCAAGAAGGAUCACUUGGCAGAGUCUUUCAGUUGAUUUGUCAAAUUCUUAAUCGUAUAAAUGCCUCAUCUUCUACGUUUAGUCGAAUUUUGACAUCAUCUUUACCAUACAUGGAAUGUGUACAUAAGUUUACAAUUCUUGUAGCAACAACUGGUGUUUUGUUAUCUAUGUUAGACGGUGAAAUAAAUAAACAGGUUUCAGAAGAAAAUCCUGAGAGACCAAGCAAGAUUUCUAGUAUUCCAGAAAUUACAGAUGUUUUAAUUUCAGAUCCUAAUUUUGAUUUGUCAUCAUUGGACUUUAUUAUAUUACCAGAAAAUGAAAAUGAUGAACCAUUUUCCUUGAAUUUUUAUAAAGAGUAUAUUAAUAAGGAAGAACUUAAAAAAGUUCGUGAUAUGUAUCAACAUUUGGAUUGGUACAUGAAGCGUCACAAAUCUAUGGCUUCAAGCAUAAACGAGGAGGAUUUAUGUAUAAUAUGUUAUUCAAAUAAAAACGGUGUAACUUUGAUACCGUGUAAACACCAAUGUUGCAAAUUAUGUAUAAAUCAUCACAUACUUUAUUCGCGUGUUUGUUUUUACUGUAAGGGAAGAAUCGAAUCAGUGGUAGAUACCAAUAAUUUGUCGACUGUAAUACAUGAUUUUGGAAUUGAACCGCCACCAUUAUUAUGA